CCCGCCCCUCCUGACCCAGUUACCCCGAGCCCUGCGGGGGAGCCCGGGCAGUCGCCCGGAUGGAGGAGGUGCAGGAGGGACGCGAGCUCGGCGGCGGGAUGGACACCGAGGAGCCCGCGAGCCCCCGGAGCCCCCGGGCGCCGCCCUCGCCACCGUCGCCGCCGCCACUGCAGUCGCCGCCGCCGCCCGCUGCCCCCGAGAGCCCCGGCGCGUCCCCGGCCGAGCAGCCGUCGGAGGCCCACGCGCGGCAGGUGCUGCUGCAGGAGUGGGGGCCGCCGGGCGGGAGCCUGGAGCUGCCGCCGGGCCUCACCUGGACGCUGCUCCUCCUGCGGCGGCCGCUCUACCGCAACCUGCUGCGCUCGCCCAACCCCGAAGGCAUCAACAUUUAUGAGCCAGCACCCCCUACCGGCCCCACUCGGCAGCCCCUGGAGACGCUGGGCAACUUCCGUGGGUGGUACAUCAGGACUGAGCAGCUGCAGCACAACUGCAGCUGGACGGUGAAGCAUCAGUGUGUGGACCUGCUGGCCGAGGGCCUGUGGGAGGAGCUUCUUGAUGACGAGCAGCCAGACAUCACUGUCAUGGACUGGUUUGAGGACAGCCGGCUGGACGUGUGUGUCUAUGAGUUGCACGUCUGGCUGCUGGCAGCUGACCGACACACCACCAUCGCUCAGCACCAUGUGGCCCCCCGGACCUCGGGGCGGGGCCCUCCUGGCUGCUGGGUCCAGGUGUCCCACGUGUUCCGCCAGUACGGCCCCGGCGUGCGCUUUGUCCACUUCCUGCACAAGACGAAGAACCGCGAGGAGCCUGGGGGGCUGCGGCGCACAAGGGUGACGGACUCCUCCGUGUCCGUGCAGUUCAGGGAGUGACCGGCUGCUGGGACCCCUGGUCUCGUCCCGAACGUCGGACUCCACACGCCCCGAACCUCCGACGCCUUGGCAUUUCCCCUGCUCGCUCGGGGCUCCAGGAGGGCAGGGACCCCGUCUUCCCGAGGCCGUGCUCGGGGGACAGGAGAUGCUCAAUAAAUCCCUGCUGACUGAA